AUGAUGAGUACCAAGCGCGCCGAAGUCCUCCUAGGAAGUGGAAAUUAUUUCCAUUGGGAGUUCAAUAUGAGGAUGUCGCUCGCCAGAAAAGGACUGCUGGCGCACGUGGAGGUGGUCAAGGCGGAGAGUGAGAUAACGGAAGCUUGGUUAGUAAAUGACGCAAAGGCUCUCGGCAUCAUCGCGCAGGGUGUGGAACUACAACACCAGACAAAGAUCCGUUCGUCGACGUGUGCUAUUCAAGCGUGGGUAACACUUAGGGUGUUCUACAAUCGCACUACACUCCACAAUCGGGUCACGAUGACACGGCGCCUCCACGAAUUCAAGAUGGAUGCUGGAACGGCCAUGGCAAAGCAUUUGGACGCUUUCGUCGAGCUCGUUGUCGGUCUUCAGACGCUUGGAGAGCCCGUCGACGAGGCACGGCAGCUAGUAGUGCUGCUGAGCAGCCUUCCAGCCGAAUACGAGCUGAUAUCGUCGAUCGUCGAGAACGUCAAGGACAUCACGCUCAUCGAGGUGAAAGAGAAGCUGUUGAAGGAGUGUGAACGGUUGGAGAAGAAAGACACGACUUCGGAACGAGCAUUUAAGGUCAACGCUGGACGUUUCAAGGGCAACAAGAGGAGUGGUCGCAAGUGGAGCGAUCAGAAGAAGAACUCUAGUGGUUUCCAAGGCAAGUGUUUCAAGUGCAACAAAGUUGGACACAUGAAGCGGGACUGUCAAGAGGGAACAACAGACGGCGAUGCGGUAUUUGUUGUGAGCACAGAACGUGUAAACGGAUGGUUGAUCGACAGCGGCGCGACCGCCCACAUGACCCCGCACCGUUCCGAUCUGUUCGAGUAUGAGAACGUGAAUGGUGGCAUCGAAGUAACAAUCGCUGACGGAAAGAAGCUGCAGGUCACUGGACGUGUUCUUCACAUACCGGGCCUCGAUCGGCGUCUGUUGUCAGUGGGGAAGCUCGCGGAUCGUGUACUGAACGUGGAGUUUCAGCGUUCCUCAUGUGUUAUAUGGGGAGCGGCUAGCGCAAUUGCGAAGGGUAAGAAGGUCGGCAAGGCUUACAUGUUAGACUGUGAACAAGAAGAAGCUCGGUUCGUCCAGUACGCCAGGGCUGACAGCAAGUGGGAGCUUUGGCACGCUCGCCUGGGGCAUCCCAACCAGGAUGCUCUGGAUAAGACAAGGCAUGCCACGAACGGUAUUCCGGCUGUUGGUCAACCGCCCCAGUCUUUGUGCUGCGGAUGCAUGAAGGGGAAGCAAACGGUGGCUAAAUUUCCGCAUUGUUCCAGCUCGAAGACGUCGCGCGUUCUUGAGCUCUUCCACACGGAUAUGAUGGGACCAAUGAAUAAUCCUUCGAAAGGUGGUGCCAAGUAUGUCCUGACGUUCGUGGACGACUACUCGCGCUACGUUGUGGCCUAUUUCUUGAAAAAGAAGAGCGAGGUGGCCAUCAAGCUUAGAGAGUUCAUGACUUUCUAUGAGAAUCAAUGGGGAGAGCGCAUGAAGUGUUUACGAUCGGAUAACGGAACGGAGUUUGUCAACCAAGAGAUGACGAAGAUAUGUAUGCUGAACGGUAUCGUGCACCAACGGACUGUCCCGUAUAGCCCUCAGCAGAAUGGAGUGGCAGAACGGAUGAACCGAACUAUCAUGGAGAGAUCUCGAAGUAUGCUAUACUACAAGGGCGUUCCAAUGGAGUGGUGGGCUGAAGCAGUUAGUACUGCGGUAUAUCUAAUCAACCGUUCCACGAACACGCACAACGCAACCGUAACACCGUUUGAGCUAGGUUUCAAAGUGAAACCUACGCUAGAUCACCUACGCGUAUUUGGUUCUCGCGGGUACGCUCACAUUGACGAAGCGAAGAGGACGAAGCUUGAACCUAAGAGCUUUAGAUGUCUGCUGCUCGGAUACCCAGAAAACGUCAAGGGUUACCGUGUCUAUGACUUGGACGCUUCCAAGGUCAAAGUUUCUCGCUCGGUGAAAUUGGACGAGCGUGAGGUAGAUGGUAUUUACGAUACACUACCUGCUCAGAUCGAAACAGUUAUUCAUGUUAGCACAGACGCCGAUGAUGAAGUCACGCUCGCACCAGUGGAACUUCAACCCGUCGAAGCGAAACCCAUGGAAGGCGUUGAGAACGACGCACCGGAUGUAGAGAUGGAGAGCAUGCAACCUAUACAGGACGCUAUACCGCCGCUGCUGAUGCCACAAGAACGGUCAGCUCCCACUGGAUUUGAGUUGGAACCGUACCGUGGACCACCGACUAUCUUCGAGGACGAUCAAGUGGUGUUCCAUACCCCUAGAGACCGUUUUAGAAGUUCCCGGGAACCAGUCUUCCUUCUUGAAGAGGGAACGGACGCAGAGGAAGAACGGAAGUCGGAAGGAAGAGAUGGACCGUCCUAUCCGAAGCGUGCCAGGAUCGAUGAAGACGGCCUUAUUGCUGAAGCCGUCCUCGCGUACGCAGCAAGCAUUGACACAGUGGAUCUUCCUACAACAUACGCUCAGGCAAUUGCCAGUGAAGAUUCAACACAGUGGCCGUAUGUGGACACCAAACAUCAAUUAGCCGACAUACUGACCAAGGCGCUAGGAUCCAAGACGUUCAAGUUCCUGCGCGAUGCAAACAGUAUCCAGUGCAAAGAAACCAAGCAGUAG